AUGCAUAUCUCCUCACUCUUCGUGGACCCAUUCGCUCCACUUCUGGAGUAUCCAACGGAGCAACGUGCCAAAAAUGUGGCGCAUGCUCCAAAAAGACCAUGUAAUUUGACUCAAGCUGAGAAAAUGCUCGCCGUCCGCAAUGCUCUUCGCUACAUUCCAAAAGAGCACCACGCCCUUUUGUCCCAAGAAUUCGCUGAAGAACUAUCAACUUUUGGUCAUAUCUAUGCGUUUCGUUUCAUGCCAAAUUUCGAUUUAUUCGCACCUCCCGUCUCGGAAAUUGGCGCCAAAUGUGAGAAGGCAUCAGCGAUUAUUCUGAUGAUUCUGAAUAAUUUGGACAAGCGGGUUGCUCAGUUUCCACAGGAGUUGGUUACUUAUGGAGGAAAUGGUCAGGUUUUCAGCAACUGGAUCCAAUUCCGGCUGGUCCUCCGCUAUCUCUACAGUAUGACGGACCACCAAACUCUGGUACUGUACUCUGGACACCCCUUGGGACUAUUCCCAUCCACUCCGGACUCUCCCAGAAUGACAGUAACCAAUGGAAUGAUGAUUCCAAGCUACAGUACUAAGGAGUUGUAUGACAAGUAUUUUGCCUUAGGGGUGACUCAAUACGGUCAAAUGACCGCUGGAAGCUUUUGCUAUAUUGGACCACAGGGAAUUGUUCAUGGGACUACGAUCACUGUCCUAAACGCCGGCCGUCGUAUGGGUCUAGACUCCCUCGCCGGAAAAGUGUUCGUCACCGCAGGGCUCGGCGGAAUGAGUGGUGCUCAACCGAAGGCCGCCAAAAUCGCUGGAUGCAUUGGAGUGAUUGCUGAGAUCAGUGAAACGGCGCUUUUGAAAAGACACCAACAAGGAUGGUUGGACGUUUAUUCGAGAGAUUUGGAGGAAAUUGUUAGGUGGAUUAAGGAGUAUCGAGAGAAGAAAGAAGCGAUUAGUAUUGGAUACUUGGGGAAUGUUGUGGAUUUGUGGGAACGUCUCGCUGAAGAGCCCGAAUGCCUUGUAGAGCUAGGAAGUGACCAAACCUCUCUCCACAACCCCUUCCUUGGCGGCUUCUACCCUGCCGGUCUCACCUUCGACGAAUCCAACGAAAUGAUGACAUCGGACCCCGCGAAAUUCAAAAUCCUAGUUCAAAAAUCGUUGAUCCGACAGAUCAACGCCAUCGACAAAAUCGCUGCCAAAGGAAUGUACUUUUGGGAUUACGGUAACGCAUUCCUUCUGGAGUGUCAUCGCGCUGGAGCGAACUUGCUGAGGGAGGAUGCGCAGGAUGACAAGUCGUUUAGAUAUCCCAGCUAUAUGCAGGAUAUUAUGGGGGACAUCUUCUCCAUGGGCUUCGGACCAUUCCGUUGGGUUUGUACUUCUGGAAAGGCUGACGAUUUGAGAUUGACCGAUCAGACAGCAUGCCGGAUUAUUGAUGAGUUGAAGGAGUCGAAUGUACCCGACUACGUUAAACAACAAUAUCUGGACAACAAAAAAUGGAUAGAGGAAGCUGAAAAAAACGAGCUGGUCGUUGGCUCCCAAGCUAGAAUACUGUACUCCGAUCGUGCUGGACGUGUAGCUCUGGCUGCCGCAUUCAACGAUUUGGUCAAAACUGGAAGGGUCUCCGCACCAAUUGUGAUCUCUCGGGACCAUCAUGAUGUGUCUGGAACCGAUUCUCCGUUCCGUGAAACUUCGAAUGUUUAUGAUGGAAGCGCGUUUACGGCGGAUAUGGCUGUGCAGAAUUGUAUUGGAGACUCAUUCCGUGGCGCCACCUGGGUAGCGCUGCACAAUGGAGGUGGUGUUGGAUGGGGAGACGUCAUCAAUGGAGGCUUUGGACUGGUUCUAGAUGGCUCCUUAGACGCUGCUCGUCGAGCCGAGGGAAUGCUAAAUUGGGAUGUGCCAAAUGGAGUGGCUCGUCGCUCUUGGAGCGGAAAUUCGAAGGCUCAAGAAGCCAUUCGUCGUGCUCAGCAACAGGUUGAUGGAAUGACCGUAACCUUGCCUGUGGAGGCGGAUGAGGAGAUUUUGAGAACUUUGAAGUUUUAA